ACCGCGUAGUUGCAGACAGGGCGACCGGCACGGCGUGCCUGACCGAACUGCUGUCGUGCGCGAUGGCGGUGGUGCCCACAUUCCCCACGCCCCUGCUGACCUGCCUCACGCUGCUCGACCUCAUCGUACACCGGGCCGGGGUGCGGUCCACCAACAACUCUGCCGGCCUUCAGGUGAUCCUGUCAACGCUGUACGACAUUCUGAAGAGCGAGGCACGCCUGUGCAAGGUGUUUGGCACGCACGUCGAGCCCAAGAUCACGGCUCGGUGUUCCAGGCUGGCGGACCAACUAGCCGCAAAUGCACUGCACCGUAGCGACGACACAGCAGCCGGCGGCAGAAACCGUACCACGGGAAAGCUGCAAAAGGCCGUACUGAGCUGCCUGGGUUCGCUCGGAGCGCUCUUCACCGCCAACGGCAAUCGGAGUCCUUUGGAGGAAGGCAUCCAAGGUCAUCCACGUUCCGAAACCGCAGACGACAUCAACAUCCACCUCACGACAGAAAGCAUCUUGGAAACCCCAGGAGGUCAAGAGGCGAUUGACCAUCUUCACGCGGUGCUCUGCAGCAACGAGGGCUGGAUUCGCCACAGCCUUGCCAUCCCACCGCUGCUCUCGCAAACCGGCUGCCCCCCCGCCGACGCGCGGCCGGCAGACGGACGCAGGGCCGCAGCCGAGCCGAGCCAAGCCUCACACAACAGCGCGUCGAGCACCCAAACGCUCAACCUUGACGUUCGGCGAGACGCGUCCGGCAGGCGAGGGAGCAGGUUCAACCCCAUGGAGGCGUACGUCUCCAUCGGCCGCGAGAGUUUUACAAAUGAGACACUACUGCGCUUCCCGCUGCGACCGGACAGAGUGUUGAGCCACCUUGCCGACUUCGGAGUCACCGAGACAAACUUCCGGCUGCUGCUCUUCAAUCGGUGGGAGUUCCAGCCCGAUGCCAGUGUCCCACCCGACCUCGAGAAAGCCGUCAAGGUCCUGCACACCCUGUACAGUCCACGCACCAGCUGACUGCCGUCGGUGACGCCCUGACGUGGAAACUUCGCCGUGCAAUCACUUCCCCUCCUCAGCAAAUUGCAGCCAGGCCAAUCAAAACUGGGUCUCGCAGCCCAGGAGCAAUAGUGUCAAAAUGGGGGGGGGGGGGGGGGCAGGGCAGGGGGGGGGAGUGAGGUAUUCUCUUGCCUUCAAUGCCAUUGCUCUUUGUGAGGAAAUCACUGCCCUUCAGCACAACGUAAGAUAGCAGCCUGAGCGAUCAAAACUGGGUCUUGCAGCCCAUAGCCCAACAGCAGUAGCAUCGGAUAAGGGGUGGCAAGUGGGGGGGGAAAUCGCGCUCCCUUUUCCCCAUCUCCUCCUCCUCCAGAUAUUUAAAACAUUUUAAGUAAACAAUUUGAGGGAGGGAAAAGGAAAUCCCCCUUCCCGUCACCCCUCCCCACCCCCUGCCCCCCUCUCCCGAACACUUGCCCAACAGGCAACACUGUAGUUGAGCAGACAACUAGAUCGACAAGAAACUGUACUCUAAAAUUUCGCAGAGUCAUGCUACCCAGCAGUGUCGACUAGGCAGAGAAGGCUGAUGGUGCUCCGAGUGUGCAUCCAGCUGGUGCUUUAGAGUAGUUUAAUCCAAAUGACUGACACCCCAACUUGAGAGGGACCGCCUCCUCCAAUAGAUACUAUCAGCUUCCUUGAAAUGCACAGCCAAGCUAAAGAGCACUAGGGUGGGUGCAAGGUCCUUCUAGGUAGAUCUGUAGCUCAACUGCCCCGGUGCACCUAGUAGUCACUGCACCAAUGUGCAGAAGCCUCCAUAGUCCAGUUAGACACGGCUUUUGGUUGCACUGAUCAGUCGCCCACAGCCAUUCUUCACGAAAGAAGUGUGCAUAUCCGUGCGAAGUAAACCAGUCACCUUAAUUGCUGCACGCCCUUGUUCAAUUAAAAUUUAUUUGUACUCGCACUCCGACAGGCAUCUGUCGGUGUUCAUCUACGGACGACUUUUUGCCUUGGAUGCAAUAAAGAAAAAAUUGUCAUUUCUUACCACAAA